CCAGAUUGACGCGGCCUCUUCUUGACAAAACUGCUGCUCACAAUGCAAUGUUGCUCAUUAAUAAACUCGACUAGAGGCGUAGCACAAUUUUAUACACCCAUUUGCGAAUGCACGAUACCGUUUCAGUUACAUUUCACUAAUAUAUAUGACUAAUACCUGGAAAAUGCUCAAAAAAAGGUGAGUUUGACUCAUAUUUGACGGUUUUGAGAGCUCUCCUCGGGGCUGUCAAAAGUCAUGGCUGCGGAGGUGAAAGGUGUGCGAGGCAGUAUGAAGCUGCCGCGAUAUUUGGUAAACCUUGGAGUCAACCCCGCGGCUUUGGCAUAUGCCAUGACCACUUUGGGAGCUGCUAUGAUCAACAACAUCUUUAGCUUCUACUAUGUGAAGCUCUUCAUCAACAAGUACCAGACAUCUGAGGGAGCUUUUCAACAAUCACAAGUGGUGUACAUGCUAUGGAAUGCCAUCAACGAUCCUCUCUUCGGAUACCUGCAGGACAACUCCAAAGUGCCGUGUUGCUCUCAACGCCGUCUCUCAAUCUUGUACGGCGCCCCGCUCUACUCAUUGGCGUUCCUCAUCGCCUGGUUCCCGUGGAGGUCGUACACUCCUGGUGACUGGUUGAGCGGCCUCCACUUGAUGGUUGCGUUGUGCGCCUUCGAUGGCCUGCUCACAUUUGUGUUGCUGGCUCAGUGCGCACUGUUUGCUGAGAUUUCCAGCCACCAUCAGAACAGGCUGAGACUCAUCAAGUAUAGCCAGGUGGCGUCACUGCUCGGCUCUUCAAGCGUUCUUUUUUGUGGCAUGCUGUCCAGAAACAUGGAGGACUUUGCAUCUUUCCAGGCGUUCAACGUGAUGGUGGCCAUCUUGAGCUGCUGCUGCAUGAUAUACACGGGCCUCUACAGCCAGAGCCAGUUCGACGACAAAUCGGCUGAGGAUUCCGUUGAGCCCGCCUCCAGUGAUUCCAAGUUUUCCUUCCCCAUGGUGAAAACGCUAAUGUGGCAAAUCUUCAUCAACAGGGACUUCCGACUUUUUGUCCUCAUGAACUUUUUCCAGGUUUUCAUGCUAGCUUUUUUUAAUAAUUUUACUUUGAUAUUUACCGAGCACCUGAUUCCUCCUGAUGUGCUUUCUUCACUGGCUAGAAGCGUCAUGUAUGGCGCUGGAUUUAUUUGUCCUCAGCUGUUGGUGUUGAGCUGUAACAGACUACUUCACAGCGUCGGUUACUACAGAAUAAUCCUGUACAGCUUCUACCUGGAGGUCUUUAUGGGGGUUUUUAUGCUAGUGCUCGGUCCUCAGAGCUAUCGAAUCCUGGCGUUAUUCCUCACUCUGAGCAUGGUCAUGGUGGCAGCUUCCUUCAGUCUGUUCAGCUUGCCUCUGGCAGAUAUCAUUGACAGUGAUAUGCAGAAAUACAAGCGCAGUUCCCCUAUUUCCUCCAUGGUGUUUGGGACCAACGCCCUGUUCACCAAACCUGCUCAGUCUUUGGCACCAAUGUUGGUGAUUAACAUUCUCAACCAGUUUGGUUAUGAGAAGCUAAAGGACGCUGGAAAGGAUGUAAACGCAAGUGCUCUGGAGAACCUCCACAGUGUCAUGUUCUACUUGGUGUGCGUGCUGCCAAUGUGUGUCGCCGCCAUUCAAGUCCUGGCAUGGAGGCCCUUUUCUAUACGGAGCAGUCACACUGUGGACAGCAAGUAUAUUGACAGCUAGAAAAAAAGCUAUGUGUUACUCUCAGUUGACACAUAUACAACAAUUCUGGCUAGGUCACAUGUUUGCUUUAAAAAAAAAAAAGAUUAAAGGGAAGGUUUAGUGUACAUAUUGACUUUUACCGGAGUGAAACCAGUUGGAUUAUUAAUGAGCCUCAUGAGUACAGGGCCAAACACACUUGCAUUAGACAGAUAAAACUUGAGUAUAAUGGAGCACAUGCUGUAAUGCCUGAUUUACAGGGUUUGUUUUUAAAGCUAGUGUAAAUUGAAAUUGUUUCUCAAUUUAACAAACCGAAGAUAUAUCUGUUGUUAAUUAUGGAAACAAUUUUUUCUGGCUGCACUUUACAGAUUUGUCAAUACUUUUAAUUCCUCAUAUUGUAGUGGGAGCCUGUUUUCUAUGUUGCAUUUCCUCUUUUGAAGGUCAAGGGUUAGCAUCAAGAAAACACUAAUUAUACUUGAAGCAUGCUAAGUGCACUAAAGUUCACUUGAUUGCUUUGAGGAUUGCUUUGUUUGCCUUUUGAUUCUAGGAAUGUCACUUCCACUUCAAAUUAUAACACUAAGGCUUGUGAAUUGUUAGACUUUGAGCUUUCCAAUUAUUGUUGCACCAAUACUAGUAUUGGAAGGGGCCCCGAUAUGGCACUAAAAUGCAGGCAUCGGUGUUGCCGAAUAUUAAGAAAUAAUGAAUGAAUGAAUUUUAUUGUCAUUGUCAUCAUCAUCAUAAUCAGUAAUAAUUCACUGAUGCUGCGCAUUAUGUAAUCUUCGAGAUUUUUUUUCCAACCGCUAGUCGCCCUUCCCAAGAAAGCCACCGGUUUUGCAUUGCUUGUUACCCUUCAAAAGUUGGCUACUCAUUGUGAACUCUGCAGAAGAAUAGGAAAAAAAAAAGUUUUUAGCUUAAGACUUUUUAUUCCAGUAAGUGUUGUGAAAUGUGCUCAUUUACCAGUCAUUUUUUCGGUAUGGGGGCUUAUACUUUAAAUGGUUGAUAAAUUUACAUGUCAAACUGUAAUACCAUGCAGGUUUUGAAGUUUUAUAAAGACUGAUAUUGACAUGAGCAUCUGUAAAGUUGUUAGCAUCGUCAGACAGAGGGAAAUCAGGAAACAAUUGGAAAGUAAACCUGUGUCACCUACCAGCUUAAGUGAUUAGCACAUGAGCUAGGCUAAUGUACUAAACUGAUUUUGGCCUUUGGUUCAUUCAUUCAUUUAUUGUCACCCGUACAAGGUAGGCACAAACGUUCUUAAGCAGUAUCUGACCAAAUGAUAACAAUUAUUUGAUAUUGAAUUGAGUAUGCACUAUGCAGUAAUUUACUACUAUAAGGGGAAACAUUUUUUUUUUCUUCAAAACAUGGCAUCGGUACACAAUAUCAGCAUCUGCUUAUACCACACAUAUGGGUAGUGGAAUCUGUAUCGGGAGGCAAAAAAUGGUAUCGGUGCAACACUAAUUACAGCUGUACUUCUACUAAUAUUCUCAUCCAACUGGAGAAUAUUUAUUUUUUUGUUUUAAUAUUUGAACAUUUUCCAAUUUCCCAAAACAGUUAUUUUCCAACACUAAAGUGUGAAACAAAAGAAACUUCACCCUCCUCUUAUUUGGCUUGGAAAUGCCUUAAUAACUUUUGCAAGUCGUUUAAAUUAACAGGUUAUUCCGGAUGGUAGUUUUGUGUUUGUGUGACUUGUGGAGCAAUUACAAGAUGUCACACACAUUUUUUGCACUUCUCUGUUUGUUCAUAAUACUUUCACAGUUAUUAUGAGGAGAAACAAGAUGUCCUAAACUGUCAAAUGUCAGGCGGUUCUGUGCUAAAGGUCAGUGGACAUUAGUCUUACUGUGUCUGUUUAAUGACUCAUUGGCUGCCAUUGACAACAGAUGCUGUUAACCCUCCCAGUCGAAAUGGAUUGGACGUCUAUUGUUGUCAGUGGCACUGAAACAUGAGGAUUCAUUGCUAGUUCAAAUGGAUUCUGACUGCGCUGAAUGCAGUACUGUAUAAUCUAAUGUGCCUUGUUCAAUAUGUCUAAUGAUCAACCGUCUGACCAAACAACAAGCACAAGUUGGGUUUAGUCUUUUAUUAAAAAAUAAGUUACUCUUCACAUCUUUGGCUCCUUUCUCUGUGCAGACAAACCCAGAACAUUAAGUUGAAAAUUAACAAUUAUUUUGUGGUAAAAGCAAAAAUAUGACAUUUAACAAUAAGGACUCUUAGGGCAUUUUAUGCUAAACUUGAGCAAAUGUUGAUUAUAUUGAUAUGAACACUACCUGGCUAAAUAUAUCACAAUUUCGUUGAGGUUUUAUUUUUAGAAUAGCAUGAUAGGCUGGAUGAAAUUCCCUAAUGGGAUGAGCUCAGUCAAGAUAGAGGGACAGUCAUAAAAAGAGUCUGUACCUUCUGACAAUUUGACAUCUUCCUGUCCCAGAAAUGUAUUGUUCAUUUUUUGUUAGAGUUCCUUAAUGCACAUUUUGAUAGAUGUCAUCUGGCCCGUUAUCUAACGCUGUAGUCGUCACCUGCCAAACAGAUCCAAAAAAAUCUCAUUAGAGAAAUGCGCAUAACUCGCACGCUAGACUCAACUUAUAAUCGUACCUCCACCGACAUCGGGUUUCUCCCUGCUGUCUGUUUGUUUCUCUUAACUUCCCGUUUGUGGUGCAUCUCUUGCAAAACAUUGCGGAAUAUUCGUUUGUCUGUGCUUUUCUGUUCAUAAACAGAUACAGUACAACAUACAAUCAGGUUUCUUUAGCAAGUUCUUAUGCAGUUCCUGACAAGUUGCGUACACACAUAGUGGCGUAACAACUGUAUCCUGUUCUGUUUUUCCGCCCUACACGUAGCUCUUUCCUCAGAAUAGUUCUCAUGCAAGACCCUAAAAAUGACAACAGGGAUAAAAAAAAAAAUAACCUACCUUGUUACUUUUGUAUAUCCACCUGCAGUUGCAGAUAUUGAAGCCAUACUGAAAUGUACAGACAAAGUGUCAUAGGGCAUAUCGUUGUAACGUAACAAAUACAAAACAUGUUCGGUUGUGUAUCUUACGUGUACAUACCUUUUUUUGAACGAUAAGAGUCACCGUUGCCAAGCUGUAGACGGCCAAGACUACAAACGUUAACCACAAAAGAAUAUGACCCACCGUGAACUUCAUCUUUUCUGGAAGCACAAGGAAACGUAGUUAAAUGUCAGUACACUGAACUUGAUAUUUCAUGUCAACCAAUUUAACUUUGAUUUUUAGGUUUUGAUUGAAAACUUUAACAAUGGAAAAACAAAAUUAUUAUUGGUUAAAACUAAUUUUACAUUUUUUUGUAACCUGGAUUUUAGUUUAGUUGGAAUUCAAACAUUUUAAGUAAUCUGGACUUCAGUUUAUGAUACAGAUCAUAAGGUGCGUUUAAAAUUCUUCAUUUUUCCGCAAAAUGUAUAGUGCGCUUUAUAAUCCAAUGUGCCUUAUGUAUGAAUUCUGGUUUUGCCUGUUUUUGUUGAACCGUAACUGUAUUACUGUAUACUGCUUCAUAAAUAAACAAUAAGCAAAACAGUAUACAGUAAUUUUAAAAAACAAUGAACACAGAAUGCAUUAUUGCGCUUUAUAACCCUUUGCGCUUUAUGAAUGAAAAGGAAGUUGUUCAGUGAUGGUGUCCCUUAUAAUCUGAAAAAUACAGUCAGUAAAUAUUUAAUAAAUUACUUCAAGAGAGCAUCGACAACUGAAUGAACACACUCGUUGAUUGACUAGUUGCCAGACUAAGUUCAUACAACUGGUCAUGUCAGUUCAGUUUACUCAGGAAUGUACGUAAGGCCCACAAACCUGAUCAGUUAAUUGAAUUCAUUUAAUCCAGUUCACAAUAUCAACUUCAUAAAAUAAGAUAGGAAAACCUAAGAAUUACAGUUGCUUCUUCUUAAAAUCCUUAGUUCACAUGACUAAGUGGAAGUUUUACUUGUGUAUGGUUUAAUGAUGAUAACCGAAUAUUGCACCAUUACAUGGAAAGGAUAAACUAUCCACUGUUAGAAAACUGUUUAGAUUUAAACUUAAACUUGCAGCCUAAUUGCGGCAUGGUGUAUAUUAAUACCAGUUCCAAUAUGUUACUACUUUACCCUUUACAAUAAGAGUUGUUCCCAUCCCUACGUGUUGCGCCCCCGGUGUCUGCUUUCCUGGCGACGUGGCAGCACAAUAGUAAAUCCCACUGUCGUUGGGGUUCAGGUCCAUCAGUUGUAAAGUAGACCCUUGUAGAUUGUACUUGUGAUGGUUGGGGGGACCCAGGUCUAGGAGACCGUGGGUCUUGCGUUGGAAAACAAACCAACGGUAAUGCAGCCCUUCCGCGGAGCAGUCGGAAUGGACGCUGCACUGGAUCUCAGCUUCUUGUCCUGGCUCUCGCCAAAUAGGUUGACUCGGCUGUGUGAGACAGCUCUGAGGUUCUGUCACACCUGAUGCAAUACAAUGACAAAUUUAGGAUAUUUAAAAUGUCUACAGAAGUCAAGCACGUACCUUUGAGGGGCAAGAAGGUGAGCGAAACGAAAGAAAGCCAAAACAAUGGCACCAUGUCUGCGGACUAACAGUGAAUGAUCUCAUGAUUCUGUGCACGAGGUGAUGGAAAUGGGUGAAUUCCACUUACUCAACACUGAGUUCCUUCCUCUUUCCUCAGUUCGGCGUGUGUUAAGAUGUAAGAAACCUGAUCUGGGAACUCUAAUUUUAUCGGCAAACCCAUUUGUGCUUCUAAGAAGUGAAAUACAGCAUUGUAUUUGAUAAACUUAUUGUAAUAAUUAAGUUUAUUUUAUAGCCUAGAAAUAAAUAUGAAUUUAAAUAUGAAAAAAUUUUGUCAUUUAUUCAUGGAAAAUGAAUGAAUGAAUGAAUAAUAAUAUCAUAUUUAUUUAUUUUCCGUACCGUUUAUCCGCAUGAAGAUCGUGGGGGUGCUGGAGCCCAUUCCAGCUAACUAUAGGGGCAAGAAGCAGGGUACGCCCCAAACUGGUUGCCAACCAACUAUUAUAUUGAAUAAAUAAAUAAUGCUAAGUAAAUUAGGCAUGAAUUAGGCAUAUUAAAAAUUUAUGAAAAGUAAUGACCCCCCCCCAAAGAGCUAACCCUCCCCCUAAAAUGAAAAUACAUCUCAUGGGGGAGAAAUCUUUAGAAUGGGCCACAAAUUUGAGGGAUCUUUUAGAAUGCUCAUGUCAGAAUGAAUGCAAGCCAAACAGUAUCUGAGUGUUUGAACCAAGGCACAUACUUCGCAUCAAGGGCGUAGGUUUCGUCUCAACAUUGGUAGGGGCAAUAUAACAGCAUAACCUGCAUGUACAUUUUUUGCUUGGGAUGGGACAUUAAUAAUACCUAACAGAUUGGGUGGACGGGGGGCUGGGCUACAUUUCUCACGAAUAUGAACCUAAUUAAUUGAUAUGCUAAAUCAGGGGGGCUCAUUGGGCUACAUUUCUCACUAAUAUGAAACUAAUUAAUUGAUAUGCUAAAUCAGGGGGGCUUAUUGCGUUGAUCACGAUCGACCAGUCGAUCGCAGCGCUAGUGUGGGUAGCUCGCAGCCCCCCCCCCCUUAAAAAAAAAGGUUUUUUUAAUGUACAUAGUUAAUUUUGAUUAUGUGGUGUGUAUCUUGUGUUUUGUGAACAACUUAUGACGUUAUGAAGCGCCCGUCUCGCUGUAAGCAGCUUCUUGCUAAUGUUUUUCUGGUUCUAUUGUUUCCAGCAGAGUUCACUACAUUUCUCACAGUUUAAUUAACGUUAACAGUAGAAAACACAAACAGUUGGACACCUCUCUCUAAGCAGCUUCCUAUUCGAGUUUUUCAGGUGAGCGAGUUCACACAGU